AUGACCCAACCAAACCCUUACCUCUUAGCUUGCGACAAUCCGUCGGCACUCCUGGAGCUUCUGAGCGCGAACCCCUCCAUCGCUUCCUGCCAGGACGAGUCCGGCUAUUCUCUUCUUCACGCCGCCGCAUCCUACGGCCAUACCGACCUCCUCCGUGCCCUAGUCAAAGACUACAACGUCGAUAUCAAUCUUCUCGAUGAAGACGGUGAGACCUGCCUCUUCGUGACCGAGGACGCCAAGGUUGCCCGGUGUCUGGUGGAGGAGCUUGGAGUGGACUAUAAGAGAAUGAACUUUGAAGGGCUCAAGGCCCACGAGAAGCUAGAGGCCGAGGAUGAAUUCCCUCAGGUCAGCGCAUAUCUGCGAGAGGUGCUCGGAGAGCCUGCUCCAGCCUCAACAGAUUCGCCCGUUGGCCCGUUGAACCCCCCGGGGCCGAUCCCCGCCAACCUUAAGGUCAAUAUUGGCACAAUGUCAGAGCAGGAGGCGAGCGCUGGCGAGUCAACAGUCAAUCCCGAGUUCAAGCGUCGCAUCGACGAGCUGGCGGCUCGUGAUGACUUCCACAGUGAGGCUACGCAGGCUCAGUUACGGGAGCUAGUGAUGGAAGCCAUCUCAGGGUCCCAGAUCGAGACGGCGGACCGUGAGUCGCGCAGGCGAAUUGAUUAA